CUUCCCUGUGCCGGGCUGGCUGCCCCUCGGGAUGAGGCUGGGUUGGCAGUUCCCCGCCCUCCCUCCUCACUCUGCCCAGAGGUAGGAAGCCAGAGCUACGCGGGACAGAGACGGCCGCCGUGGGGACCAGAGAGGCAUCACCAUGGACCCUUCAGCCCUUGACAUGGCCAUCCAGCAUGCCCUGGCAGGGCUCUACCCGCCUUUUGAAGCCACUGCCCCUACUGUCCUGGGUCAAGUGUUCCAGCUCCUGGACUCUGACUUCCGGGGAGAUGGGCUGAGCUUCCUCCUGGAUUUCCUCAUCCCUGCCAAGCGCCUGUGCGAGCAAGUGCGGGAAGCAGCCUGUGCCCUCUAUGCCCACUGCCUCUUCCUGCACGAGGGCUGGCCGCUGUGUCUGCGGGAUGAGGUCGUGGUCCACCUGGCACCCCUCAGCCCGCUCCUGCUGCGGCAGGGUGAUUUCUACCUUCAAGUGGAGCCCUGGGAGGAGCAGUCCGUCCACAUGACACUCAAGUGCCUCUCCUCGGACCUCCGCAGGGUGGACAAGAAGACUGUUCCUGAGUCCUCCUAUCCUCUGAUUUUCACGCCAGAAUGGUUAGAAGCCAUCAACAGUGACUUUGAGGGCCGUCCCUUACACAACUGUCUCGUGGCUUCUGAAAAUGGGAUCACGUCUGUGCCUUGGACCAGGAUUACCAGCCCAGAGUUUGUAGAUGACAGACCCUCAGUAGUGACCAUCCCUUCCUCAGAUGGGGACUCCCGUCAGCUAGGGGAACUCCAUCUCAGCAGCCCCCAGGAGCCAUGCCAGGCCAGCUCUCAGAGUUGGGCUAAGGAUAAAGGGAAGUUGUCUGGGGACAAGUAUCCAGGGCUCAUCAAGGUGGAGCCAACAAGGCCAGGGAAAAUGGCCUUCAGGAUGGACAGUGAGGCCGACCAGGGUCUGGAAGGGGACUAUGUGGCUCUCCUGGGCUUUCCUCAAGAGUGUAGGAGGGGAUCUCCAGACAGGGAGGUAGUGCCCCUCAGUGAUUCUCAAGGAUCACAGGAGGAGAGAUCCAGGAGGAAGGGGGCAUCUCUGCUUGGAAGAGUCCUACCUCUGCCAGGGCCUGCUGGGGCACCUCCCUUGGGAAGACGGACCUGUGCAAAGCCAGCAGGCUUGGGAGAGAAGCCCUGCAGUGGGGGCUCAAGGAAAAAGGCCAGGCAUAAAGCCUCUGCCAACAGUGCAGUACAACAGCCUCAGCAGCCCCGCGCUGGUGUCCUGGAGAAGCCUCUAGACUACACCUCUGGCCUGGUGGAAGGCACUGAAGAAGAGCCAGCAGUCUCCAAGAUACAAAGGCCAUUGGGAACGCCGGCAGCCACGGUCCAGCUCAGGCCUGGGCCAAGACAAGCACUCUCUUCCCUCCUGUCCUCAGCUGGCUCUGUAGCCCUAGCGUCUGAGACAAAGACAGAGGAGACCACACCAGGACAUGACAGAGCUUCCAAGCCUGAGGCCUGCCUCAGUAAGAGUACCUCCUUCCAUGGGUCCCCAGCUCCUGGGCUCCAGCUCUCCUUCUUGAAAGAGCAGAGAGCACCGCUGGCAUCCCCUGAGAAGGACCUACUCCAGCAUGCCAGGCCUUGGAAAGCCCUGUGCCCUGUCAGCUCUCUGCAACCUGGCAGAGCCAAGGUUCCAGGGAAAGAGGAAUCAAUUCUCUCCAGAACAUCUGGCUCAGGCCCACUGUCUGGGGAGCCACCUGGCUCCCAGGAAGAUUCUGCAGGUCCCCCAGGAGGAGAACUUAGCUUGGAGAAGUGUUCCAGGCCAGAACCCAGGAUUGGGAGUCUGGGAGUCAAGCUUCUCCACUCCGGGAUAGCCUGCCUGCCAGGUGGUAGGGACCGGGUAGGGAGGCCUCUGCUUCUGGUGUCAACCAAGGAGGAGGCCUGGGAGGCGCCGUGGUGCACUGCCUUGGAGGUCACGGAGUUACUGUCCUACUUAUGCAGUGUUCCCAGGCUGGAAGAUAAAGCCAAGGGGCUACUGGUGGUGAUUGAUGCCAGGAAAGAGCCCCUGAGGCCUGGUCUGCUCAGUGCCCUCCAGAGCACACAGGUUCUGGCUGCAGCCUCCAUCAGCAAAGUGAUUCUCCUGGGGGAGAAGGCAUCGGUUCUCCAGCUACCUGCGCUACCUGUCCAGGUGGAGGUGCUGACCUCGCUGAAGGCCCUCAGAAACCACGUGGACCCUAGUCAGCUGCCCGAGGCUCUGCAGGGCCCCUUCCCCUACCACCAUGGCGAGUGGGUGCGGUUCCUCCAGAAGCUGGAACCGUUCCUGGCCGACCUUCGCCAGGCCUCGUCCCUGCUGCAGGCUUCCAUCCAAGAGUUUGAGAAGGGCGACCCCCCUGGUGGGGUGCAGGAGGCCACCAGGUGCCUGAGCAAGUCCAAGGAGCUGAUGGAGGCUGUGCUGAGGGACCCGGGGCUGCUGGCUCUCCAGCGGGAAGGUGGAGCUACGCUGGCCAAAUUGCAGCAGGAGGCCAGCAGGCUAAACGCCAACCCUGAUAUCAGGAGUUGUCUGAUGGAGGCUGUCACCCUCUACAACCUCGUGGACGAUCAGCUUCACGUCCUGGUCACGGCGUCCAAUCACCUCCUCCGAAGGCUGGAGCUCCGUGUCCGCCUGGGCCACCUGGAAGCUGCCAUUCGCCAGGUCAACGACUGGAUGGAGCGGGAAGGAAGCCAGUGUCUGCAGGCACUCGCCCCCGUGGACAUAUGCGCGGAGACAGUCGAGAAAGUCCACGCAGAGUUUGAGGAUUUCUUCCUGCAGGUUGCGGCCCAGUACCGCCAGGGCCUGGAACUGUGCAAGCAGGCAGCCCAGCUGGGAGCUACGGAGGAAUGGGCAGGUGAGACGGGGCUCCCGGACCUGCAGGCCUUUGCCUCCACCCAGCAGGCCUUCCAAGCCAGGCUGACACACUUCUACAUGGCCGCAGAGAGGCAGCGCACUGACCUGGAGACGCUGCUUCACCUCCACCGCUUCAGAAGGAAGAUGUCCCGGUUCCACAUGGACUGUCAGGACCUGAUGACCCAGCUCAGGCAGGGCAAGGCCUUGAGGGCCAGCCCUGGGGACCAGCUCCACCUCCGCCUGCACCGCUACCUGAAGCUCCUGGUGUCUGAGUUCCAACCGGAGAAGCUCCUGGCCAUGAAGCUCCAGGUGGCCUCCCUGAGCCGGGCUGGCCUGGGCCAGGAGUUGUGGGAAGAGGUGCAGGAGCGACACCAGGAGAUCCAGAGCUUGCUGAGGAAGGCUCUAGCCUAUUGCCCAUGCCCAGAGGUUCCUGCUGCCCACUCGGCACACACAGAUUGGAUUAGGCCGGGGCCUAAGGGCCAGGGUCUGCCUACAGAAGUGGUUUCCAAAUGGGACAGGGCUCUACAGGACUCUCUGGCCCUGGACCAUGUGUCAAAGUCCCACUGUCCUCCCCAGUGCCCUCAAGGGGAACAGAGAAGAGACAUGUGGGCAGGCCUGACACCCCAGGAAGCUGGACAGUCUAUGAACAGCGAGGAGGGCAGGGGUACCCCCAAGCUCCCCGAGCCCACCCCGGAGCGUCUCCUUGCUUCCCUCUUUUCCUGGAACCACCUUCCCAGACAGAGCAAGGCCUCGCACCCGACUGGGGGCAGCUUUUCCUCUGAAGGAACAGGCUCACAGACAUCCUUGGAGGACUCACCCCAAACAAGCCCUCCCUCGUCCCUCUAACUGGAUCUGAACUAUCACACCAGCUCCGGGGGCUGUGAUAGGACUGACAGAGGGGUUCUAUAGAGCCCAUGCCACGCUGUCACACAUGGCCAUGAAGCAAUGUGAGGAGGACCAUCUUCUGGCUCCAGCAAACUCUGAGGGGAUAGACUGUUACCUACAUGGAAGAACGCAUGUAGGCGUUAGAAUCCAGACUCAAUAAAAGGACAUUUUUAUUGA